AUGUUUGUAAAGACUUCUUUUACCCUAAUUAUUUUAUUUACUAUUGCCUAUAUUUAAAUAACUCAUUAGAAUUGCUCAAGCAUAAAUGAAAAAAUUUAACGAUCAAUUAUUAGAGGGAAUUAUUAAAAUGUAUUAAAUUAAAAUUAGGGAAAUUUAAUCUAAUCAAAAAAUGUGAUUUGGUUUGGUGGAAGUAUUGUUGGAAAUUUUUUAAGAAAUGCAAUUUAUAAAGUAGAUGGAGAAAUUGGUUUCUUAUUUUGCUCUAUAGGAUAUUCUCUAAAAGUAGAUUUGCUACAAAAAUAUGAAUUAAAUACUGUAAAAAUCUGGUUAUGGAAUGGAGAUUAUAGAUUUUAUAAUAUAAAAGUGUUUAUAAAAUUAGAAAAUACUGAAACAAAAAUUUAUGAUAGUAAUCAAGCAUAAAGCAUAGUUACAAUUAAAUUUCCAAAUUAACUAGUUUAAUCCUUGAGAAUAUAUAAUACUGCAGGCAAUACAAAAGAUGGAGGGUUAUAAGUGAUAAAAGUUGAAGCUUAUGAUAAAUUUUAAUGA